AUGGAUACAACACUUCAUCAUUUUUCGCUUUUUGUCGAUGAAACGGGUACAGAACGAAUGCUUGCACUGGGAAGUUCCGGUGAUUCCUCGCAACAAACAGUUUAUACUGCCCCAUUAACACGUUCACCACUGAUCAAUUCAGCAUCCACAUUGUGCCUCUCCACUUACUUGGAUACUAAACCAACUGAGAGUACUGCCCCUCCUGCAGAAUUAGCCGCACUGUGUGAGAGGCAGCGGACAACAGUUUCAUCCGGUAUAUCGUUUUAUCAGUUCCAUCCCAGUUCAUCAACACUGCUUUACUCGGAUUCGACC